AUGACCGAGUUUAAACAUUAUGGGAGAUUCGAUUUUGUGGAUAGGUUUCCAAAUCACUUCUUUGAAACAUUGAAUCUGCACAAGCCUUCGUCGAUGUGGAUUAAGAGAGUCCAGGAAGAGUUGAAAUUUCUGGACAACAUGCCAGACUCCAUAAAUGUUAAAGCAUGUGAAGCAAGAAUGGAUCUUAUCCAAGCCGUCAUAGUGGGAUCAGCUGGAACCCCAUAUCACGAUGGUCUCUUUGUCUUUGAUCUCGCCUUCCCUCCUUCAUAUCCAGAUGUACUCCCGAUUGUUUACUACCAUUCGGGUGGUCUUCAAUUGAACCCAAACAUGUCCAAAGAUGGGAUAGUGCGAUUGAACACAUGGAAGCUUGAGGAAGGUGAACCGAUACCGAAAAUGUCAACCAUGGCACAAGUUUUGUGCUCCAUACAAGUUUUGAUUUUCAACUCUAAACCCUUUUUCAAUGAACCUGGAAAUUCAGAAAUUUAUGUUGGAAAAAAGGGUAAAAAGAAGUCUAAGGAUUACAAUGAGUCUGUCUUCAUCCUAUCACUAAAGACAAUGAUGAACACACUUACAAGCCCACCAGAGCAUUUUGAAGAGUUGAUUAAGUGGCAUUUUCGUGUUCGUGCACAUCAUAUUUUGUCGGCUUGCAAAUCUUACAUAGAUGGUACUCAAAUAGGGGCGUUUGGAGGAGGAUUUGUUGACGAUGAUCAAUCUGGUCCAAGCAGUGAGUUUAAGAUUGCGUUGUGUGGAAUGAUGGAUGAUUUAGUCAACAAAUUUAUUGAUAACGGAGCAACCGACUGUGAGAAAUUUCGUUACGUGCUGAAGAGUUUCAUUCCCAUCGCUCCAACCCUUUAUGCUGCCGAUGGUCCUGUGGCCCUUGUCCCAUUUCUGUUGGGACUUGUAUGCAGCCUUUUUCCCUCGCGUCUAUACUCGAGGCCUUGUUGCUGUGAAGGACCAGGAGUUGUUUCAGCCUUUUUCCUUGUUCUACCGAGUAGAACUAAGAGCGAAGCUGGAGCUUCAUCCUCUCCUCACAGGAAUCAAGUGAGCUUCUUCACAAGCUUAUUCUCGCCCCGACCGGCUGCUGCUAGGUCUCCUCAUCUAUCCGAAACUUCCCCCGGUCUUCGGCCCGAGCUGUAUGAGGCAGAAACUCGUCCCACGUACGGUUCGGAGGCCGAGCCCCAACCCAGCAGUAAGGGUGUGACUUAG